CUGGCCUGGCGUUACCAAGCUAUUGCAAUUCCCUUCCAAACCACCAGACAGCAGAAAGCUGUUGUGAGUCUGCACAUCUAAGGAUUUGAGGAUCCUCGGCGAAGCCAGCAAUCGGGACAUCCGAUUUGUCUUAUCUCCCCUCAAACUCUCUUCUUCGACAUUCCCGCUCACCCUUUCCGGCUCCCUUACGCCGCCCACUCGUUGCAUAUGGAUCAUAUGCGGGAGGCGCCCCUGGCAGCAGGUCUGCUCACCACACUCCUGUCCUCCGCCAUUCCAACGCCCACCGUGUUAGCCCAACAUUCACCUUCGUCAUCCCCACUUCUACCUUCUCCGACUGCGAACCCCGUAUACGAUGGCGGCAAUGGCGAUGGAGAAUCGGGUGGCAUGCACGAAUGGUCCUCCCUGAUUGGGAUUGUGACUGCGCUGGUUGGCAACGUGCUCAUUUCCCUGGCGCUCAAUAUCCAACGCUACGCGCACAUCCGGAUCGAUCGGGAAUGGGAGCAGGAAAAGCUACAAAAAGAGAUCGACUGGAAACGCACCCACCAGGGCCAUGACCACGAUCUGGGUGAUGGUGAAUCCGGUCGAGGUCGGAGCCGUGCUGCUCUCCACGGCCGUUACCGUGACGAAUCCCCUGACUUUGUGCCCGAGGACGCGCCGAACCGCUCCGAGCGGAGCCGGCGGUAUCGUGACGACGAGAAUGACGACGCGCAUGAUUACAUGGGGGAUUCAAUGCAGUCCGAUAAUACUGUCCGGCCGGAGAACGAGGGCGACCGCCGGAGUGGCCGCAAAUCCUACCUGCGCUCGCCUUACUGGUGGGUCGGAAUCGUGCUCAUGUCUGUGGGCGAGGUGGGAAACUUCAUGGCCUACGGGUUCGCCCCAGCGUCUAUCGUGUCUCCGCUGGGUGUGGUCGCGCUGAUCUCGAACUGUGUCAUUGCGCCCUUCAUGCUCAAGGAGAAAUUCCGGCAACGUGAUGCUUGGGGUGUUCUCAUCUCUAUCGCGGGCGCCGUGGUGGUUGUGAUUAGUGCCCCGUCCUCGGAGGAGAAAAUCGGGCCUCACGAUAUCUGGGUCAUGAUAACGCGCUGGGGGUUUGAGCUCUACUUGGGUCUCACGGCUGCAUUGAUUGUCGGGCUGAUGUGGGCUAGUCGUAAGUAUGGGCCGAAGACGAUCUUGAUCGACGUGGGGCUCGUUGCAUUAUACGGUAUGUUCACUAUUGUUUGAUUGUCAUACUGUUCUUACACAUGAUUCUGAUAUUUUACAUUCAGGUGGAUAUACUGCGUUGUCGACCAAAGGUGUCUCUUCU